CGCCACUGCCAAGUGAAUUUACAGCAGGGCGGGCUGGUGGUUUGGUGUGGUUGUUCCCCCCCUCUCAGCACCGGGCUACUGGGUUUAAGUACGGUUUACUUAUAAUGCAAAUGUCAUUCUGCAAAAAAAUAUAUUUAAGAAGGGCAUUCAUGUUGUUUUAAUUACAGUUGUUUCUACAGACAUCUUUCAAAACAGUUCCCAUACAGUAGUAUGAGAUAUGUGAAUAGUGUAAGCCAGCCACUUUCAGUUUCCAUAGUAGCUGCACCUUUUGCAUUGUUUGAUUUACAGCAAUAGUCAUGUAAAAUUAAAAUAUCAUUUAAGAAAGAAGUUAUUUUUUAUGAAAGUACACUAAUGUAUUUACUUUAAUAUAUCACACUGAGUAGUCUAUAGGGGGUUUGUUUGGGAAGUGUAGUCGUGGAUGUAUUUGUGGAUGACGUAAGCAUAGGUUCAUUAUAAAUGUGUUAGAUCUUCCUCUCCAGCUGCAGGGAGUAUUGGAUUAAAGCAGUGUAUAGAUUUUAACACCUGGCACUACUGGUUUUCCAGGGUUUAUAUAGAGAGAUUAAUUUUGUAAUUUUGUUACUGAAUUGUUGUGUCGGGUCAAAUGAUCACAUUGCUUUUAUUUGCAUUCAAACUUUAAUACUAGUUAGUUACCUUCUACAACUAUUCUUUCUCACACUUUAAGUAAGUAAUUUAAACAUGAAUUCUGACAAUGUAACAUUUAUUUUCCAUCCAACAUUUUACAUCAAUGGAUUUUACAACAUGCCACAUGCAAAUUAUUAUUAUAUAUUUCUGUGUUUUGUGUACGCUGUGACUAUUUUAGGUAAUUCUUUAAUAAUGGGCACUAUUUACCUGGCUCGUGCUCUUCACACAGCAAAGUAUAUAGCUGUGUUCAACCUGGCCCUGUCUGAUUUGUGUGGAAGUUCUGCUAUUAUUCCAAAUUACGUGGACAUGUUUCUGUUUGAUAGGCAGUACAUACCUUAUAAAAAUUGUCUGUCAAGCAUGUUUUUUGUUUUUUUCUUUAUGGCUAUGCAGUCUUUUAAUCUGCUUGCUUUGGCCUUUGAUAGAGUAAUUGCUAUAUGUUUUCCUCUGAGGUAUCAUGCUAUUGUCACCAAAACUACCAUGACUCUUAUAGUUGGUUUUAUGUGGCUUUUUUCUUUGACUAUUAAUUCAAUCCUUGUUGCUCUGAUUACCAGACUGUCUUUCUGUAGAUCUACAAAAGUUGACAGCUAUUUUUGUGAUCAUGGCCCUGUCCAUAGACUAGCCUGUAGUGAUAAUUCUCUUAAUUAUAUAUGGAGCUAUGUUUGCAUAGCUGUUGUGCUAUGCAUUCCAUUGAUUCUAAUAGUUAUAUCAUAUGGUUGUAUUGGUUUUGCAUUGCUUAAGAUCUCACAUGGUGGUGAACGAAUAAAAGCAAUGAAAACAUGCACUUCCCACCUUAUUUUAGUGGCCAUAUUUUAUCUACCUAUUACCAGCACUUACAUCACUGCUCUUACAACAUACAUUCAUCCAAACACUCGGAUAAUCAACUCUGUCUUAACACAAACAAUUCCACCUAUGUUAAACCCCAUCCUUUAUACUCUAAAGACAGAGGAGGUACUACAGUCUAUUAAAGUACUGUACAAACAAAUAAAGCUAAAAUCUAUAAAGGAGACAUCUGUAAAAAUCAUUGUGAAGAAUUAAAGUAACAAAAAAAUAAUUGUAACUUGGCCUAAUAGCACAAGGCAGAGAAUUCCCUAAUGUAUUUUGAGUUAUAAAUAUAUACACAAUGCCUCUUUAGCUGGUGCAACGGUAUUUUAUGGUUAGUUUAAAAUGUCAUAUUACUGCUUAUGCAUUAAAUACAUAAUUCUAGCUGAUGAAUUUUAGUUUUAUUUAUCCUUAAUGUGAAUUUUAGAAUACUCUAAUAUGCUAAAGCACUGUAAAAAUGUAAAUGAUUUAGUGAUUCCACAACAAAAGAAACGUAUAAAGGUGUAUUAUACAUGUGAUAAUCGAAUGUGAUUAUGUCUAUAAUGUAAUGCAAUUUGUCAUUUAAUGUAAAUUAUAUGAAUAUGUUUAUUCUCUUAAGAACAAAAAAUAUAUAUUUUUGUUCCACUGUCAUUUAUAGUAGCACAGCUGUUGAAUUAAAAGUAUUUCCGUUAGAAUCCAA